AUGCCUGUUAGGAUAAAAGUGAAAAAAAUUGAGCCGUUUUCAUCUUCGUUUGCGAAUGGAAUAGCCCAUGUGUAUAAAAAUACAAGAGAAGAGAGUCCAGAAUUAGAAGAAGAAAUAAACGGGUUAGUUGAGAAGAUUUGUCAAGAAAUAGGGAAAUUAGGAGAUGAUGGCAUUAUCGGAAAAAGAAAUAUUGCUUUGGCCUACAAAGGGGCUACGGAAGGGCUUUAUCAGGAAUAUUUGAAAAGUAUAGUCGGCAAGAAAGAAUUAAACGAUAAUGACGGUGUAGUAUUAAAGCAAUUUCAAGAAGCCGUAAAUUUGAGUGGAGACGAAGGAGAAAGAGCGGCGGGUAAAAGUUAUACUUGGCUUCUCCUGGCACAAAUUUACUUAGAAAAUGAGAAGAGAAUCAACGAUGCCUUAAAAAGGGUGGAAGUGGCAGGCAAAAAUCCUAAUUCUAAUGAUGGAAGCAGUAGGGAAGCAGCCAGAGAAGAAAAAAUUGAUGAACUAGAAGACGAAAUUGUGAGAUUAAAAAGCGAAAUGAAUGAUUGCCAGGCAAACUUGGAACAACUAGAAAUAAGAAUUCAAGAAUUAACAAAAGAGGUUACGGAUUAUCAAAAUGGUUUAAAAGGAAUAAUUAAGGAAGGGGAAGCAUCUCUAACUAAUUGGAAAAGCAAGAUAGAGAAAAAAGUAAUUGGUGAGGAAAGGACAAUUAACGAUUUAAAAAACCAAUUAUCAACUUUGACUAACGAGAAAGAUAGUUUGGUGGGUAGUUGUGCCACAGUAGGAUUUUUGGCGUGGAAAUUACGUAAG